GGGCACCUCCAAGUGCCAGAAGUGUUCUCCGGGCACAUAUGGGCCUGCUGAAGGGCUGCGGCAGUGUGAGUUGUGUGGACCCGGUUCCUUCACAAGUGCGGCAGGCUACUCCACUUGCCGCACGUGUCCAAGAGGCCGCUUCUCAGCCACAUCCGGAACAUCCGAGUGCCAAAAGUGCCCAAGUGGAGCUGUUGCCAACGCCUCCGGGGCAAGUGCCUGUGAUGUUUGUGAGCCGGGCACCAUCAGCAUCCUGGAUGCGACCCGAUGUGAGAGGUGUGCCACCGGCCAGUACCAGCCAGCUUUUGGCCAGUCAAGCUGCACCGAGGACCAGGACGGCUCUUCAAGUGCUAUGCCCGGAACCUCCACACCUUCCAAUGCACAGGGUUACUUCCUGGUCCGCUACAUCAGUGUUGAGGGAAGCGAGCCUUCGGCAGACAUUGAGCGGUGCGAUGCCAUGCCGGAGGCUUGCUUGAAGAACGAGGUCUGUGCUGAAGGGCAUGCAGGUCGCCAUUGCUACUCUUGCCUACCCGGCUUCAUCAGCAGUGGAACCUGCAGCCGAUGUCCGGAUCGACUGUAUGGGGUCAUCUUUGCUGGGAUGUAUUUCUUUGGCUAUGUGAUCGUCAUCCAUUUGCUCAUGGCGACGGUAGAUCUGACCAGCAAGAAGGACUGUCAUUUGAUUCUCUUCAAGAUCUUGCUGAACCAUUGUAUCGCUAU